AUGUCAACAACAAUGAACACGAAUCCGUUUAGGGGUGAAUUAGAUCCAGAAGAAACAUUAUACUAUGAGGACAAGAGGAAAAAUAAGAAUAACCCAUUUUACAACGACUAUCAUUUUCAAUUACAAGACGAUAGGACUACUAUAAAUCAAAGUAAAAUUAAAGAUCGGUUGAACAAAGAACCUUCAAACGAAAGAAAAGAGAACCCAGAGACAAAAUACAAUGAACAUAAGUAUCAUAGACAUUCGGUAGCAGACAUACAAUGGAGUACACAAAAAGCAAAAAUACCCCCCAACACACAUCAUCACCAACGUCAUCAUCAUUCAGGCACUCAGUCAAGCCGUAGAAAAAAAGAUAGUUCACAUCGUAAAUCAAAAGUAUCUGAUGGGCUUGAACUAGAUUCAAUAGAUAAAUUAGAUGUGACUGGUAUUUUUUUCAGAGGUGGAUUUCAUCACGAUGGGCCAUACGAUGCAGCAAGACCACAAAGAAAUAAUAUUUACAACAGAAAUGCACCUAUUAUGGCAUUUCCCAAACACAGUAGUAACAAUGUGCUUACUAGAUCUCAUACGAUAUCUAAUUCAUCUAGUCAAACAUCAUUCCUUGAUCCAAUAAAUAGAAAAGGAACAAUAUCAGGUCAGUUUGAUAGCAAUGUUAAAAACAAGAUUAUUCAUGGACAUUCAAGUAUUGGACUUGGUUCUACCACAUUUUUGGAAGGAACUCCUGCUUCGAAAGAGGCCAUAGAAGAAGAUAUUAAAAACCACAUCCGUAGAAGUAAAACUUUAAAAGAUAAUAGAAGAAAAUCAAUUGGUGAUUUUCUAAGAGGUGAAUUAGAAUCCUCUAAUAUAACAUCAAAUACAAAACAAGGAGAGGAUCUGAAAGGUGAGAAUAAAAGAGCGAAUAAAUUUUUGAAAAGAGUAAGGAGUUUAAGAGUUUCUCAUAGAUCUUAA